AAAGCCACGUCCUAAUUCUCGACGGAUGCUCUUACACACCAUGUCGAUUGCCUGCUGCCUCAUAUGGGUCUAUACGCGGUGACGACGACUGUGCUUUGCUACAAUGUUGGAAGAAGAUAGCACAGCGUAAUACGAAUAGAUAACGGUACCUCUCCGUAGUGAGGAAGGAGAUGGUCAUGAUGUGCACGUGAAGCCGAUGAAGCCCGAAUCAGUAUCGCGAAAGCUGCAGGGAGGUUUGCUUGUGGACGAUCGUUUCUUCGAGAUUUUGAGGAAUAUUUGCUAAAGGCUAUUUCUGUGAAACCACGACUCUGUCCGUAAGACUGCUUCGAAUCGGCUUCGUCGCGACCUUAACAUUGUGAUAAUGGACAGAACAAGACUUGCAUUUGUCACGGCUGCCGCCGUAGGCGCCGGCACGGCAGUUUUCUUUGUCUGGUGGUGGUGGACUAAAAAACAGAAGCCUCAGCCACCAUCAAAAUGGCGAAAGGUCGGAGAACUGAGCGAUAUAAUGGUGUUCCCGAUUAAAUCACUCGCCCCAAUUCGCAUGACGGAAAUGGAAUGCACGAUAUUGGGUCUGAAAUCGGGUUGGUUGAGGGAUCGUACGUUGCUGGUCAUCGAUCUCGAAGGGCGAUUUAUCACCGGCAGACAGUUACCCAAAAUGGUCAAUAUAUCGCCCGAAUUUUCUGGUUCCGUAUUGACGCUUCGCGCUCCGGGCAUGAUGUCGAUAUCGAUAGAUCUCGCUCAGCUUCGCGGUAAAGGUUUUCGGGUCGCUGUUUGGGGUCAAGCGGUACCGGCGCGCGAUUGUGGUGAAGAAGUUGCUCGAUGGCUGUCACGCUAUGUUCUUCAGGAGGAUGCCGGUCUUAGGUUGGUCUACUAUCCAUUAGAUCGACCAGUGAGAGGCGUGAGAGAAAGAGAUAAAAAAUACUUUUCUUUAACAGUGACAGAUACCGGAGCCUAUCCAGAUGAAACAAGUUACAGUCUCAUAAACCAAGCUUCGGUAACAGAUCUUAAUAGCCGACUGGAUGAACCUAUUACCCCGCAGCAAUUUCGCAUGAAUUUCGUGGUCAAGGGUGCCACUGCUUACGAGGAAGAUAAAUGGGAUUGGGUGAAAAUCGGAAACGUGAUUAUGAGAAAUGUUAGACCAUGUACAAGAUGCAUUUUCACUACUAUAAAUCCAGAAACUGGAACGAAAAGUAGCACAGUCGAACCUUUGAAGACUUUAAAAAGUUACAGACAAAUAACUGAUCCACAAAUUCGACCCGCAACUGGCGACAGUCCAGUUAUGGGAAUUCAUCUUGGUCUACGAGGAUCAAAUGGGAUAGUUCGUUUAGGCGAUCCGAUUUACGUGGGUAUCCCGGAGGAGACAACAGCGCCGUCUUUGACUUCACCAUCAUAGCUAUACCGUUGGGACUCCUGCGAGGUUUUCGAACACGAACAAGGCAUCGGACUUGAUGGUCGAGAGCAACAAAGCAUGAAAAGCGGAGUCCAGAAUUAGCAACGAGAUAUGUAAAGAGACACACUUGUGUUAUGUGCAUGAUUCUGCAUGUAAAAUAUUUUUGAUUAAGAAUAUACGAUUGAGAUCUUUCUUUCACACAAUCAGUGGUAAAAAAAAUAUAAUAUUAAAAUAUAAAAAUAUAAAACUACGAAUGUACUUACUGAUGUAUAAUCGUUAUCUUACAAAAUAGUAAAUUUUGUACUAUGAGAAUCUUUAAAAUUAACAACGAUGCAGGAUUAAAUAAUCCUAAAUUUGUAAGCGAUUCAGAUCUUUUUAAUUUUUGUGUCAUGGAAUUGCGAUAGUAGCCUAAAUUCUUGUUCGGUGCGUCCGGGCAUCGCGGCAGCUGUGCUGCUCUUUUGGGGCAAGAGUAUAGACGUAGUGGGGGCCCCUUUCGCUUCUGCAUUUAACUGCCCACUCUUGGAGAGGCAUAUAGGGGAUAAGAUUCGAACGGAUUCGAACAUGAGAUCUGUCGAUUUUAUCGGUUAGUGAUUUCUACACGAAGCCACGUAUCACCCCAGUAGUCUAAAUAUUGUAGCCUAAAAAUUUGUAAAAAUAUAUUUUGCUAUAUUGUUAAAAAAUUAAAAAAAGAUAUUAACCUCUUGAAUAUAUCAUUUACCUAAAAUUUAUUUUUUAUUUUAGAAUAGAAAUUUAAUUUUUUAUCUUAGAAUAGAAACAAAUUUAAGUUUAUUUCGCAAUACAAAAAUGGUAGAGUUUUUUGUAAAUGAUGGUAAAUUUUUAAAAGAUUUUUGUAGAUAUACCAUUGUGAUACUUGUAAUUAAUAUUUUUUUUAAUAUGCAUCAUCAAAUGUUCAUAUUGUAUACAAUUUUAAAAUGAACUUUAAGAAUAAUUCACGUAAUUCGUAUAUAUUACAAAGUACUGUUUUUACAUGUUCCUGCUGCGCUUGGUUAAUUUUUAAAUUUUAUAACAUUUUAGUGCAAAUUUAAUUCGCAAAAAUGUA